UGAUGCGAUUAGAGUCGCAGGCGGCAGGUUCUGCUGAAAAUCUGGAAUUACCCGUCUAGAAGUGUAUGAAAGCACAGCUCAAUCUUAAGAACCGGACUCUCACUCACAAGGAGUCUGCAUGACUAGCCGCUAGCCAUGCUCAGCUUUGUGGAUACGCGGACUGUGCUGCUGCUGGCAGUCAGUCUUUACCUAACGACAUGUCAAUCUGUAAAUGAGGUUCAAAGGGGGCCCAGAGGAGACAAAGGCCCACAGGGAGACAGGGGCCCAGCAGGUCCUCCAGGUAGAGACGGCGUUGAUGGAGAACCAGGCUUACCCGGACCCCCUGGCCCACCUGGCCUUGGCGGAAACUUUGCUGCUCAAUAUGACUCAUCUAAAGCUGGCGGAGAACCUGGCCCUGCGGGUUUAAUGGGACCAAGAGGACCCCCUGGAUCACCUGGAUCCCCUGGUGCUCAAGGUUUCCAAGGACAUCCCGGUGAACCUGGUGAACCUGGCCAACCUGGUCCUGCAGGAAAUAAAGGUCCCACUGGUCCACCUGGAAAACCCGGUGAAGAUGGUCACCCUGGUAAAUCUGGAAGACCUGGUGAGAGAGGCGUUCUAGGACCUCAGGGUGCACGUGGUUUCCCUGGAACUCCCGGUCUCCCUGGAUUUAAAGGAAUUAGGGGUCACAAUGGUCUGGAUGGUCAGAAGGGAGCCCCAGGUGUUGCAGGUGUCAAGGGAGAAAAUGGUGCCAAUGGUGAAAACGGAUCCCCUGGUCAGGCUGGUGCACGUGGUCUCCCAGGUGAAAGAGGACGCGUUGGACCUCCUGGCCCAGCUGGCUCCCGUGGAAGCGAUGGCAGUGGAGGCCCCACCGGCCCAGCUGGUCCCAUUGGUUCUGCUGGUUCUCCUGGUCUUCCUGGUGCUCCUGGUGCUAAGGGUGAAAUUGGAUCUGCAGGAAGCACUGGUCCUUCUGGUGCUGCUGGUCCUCGAGGUGAACCUGGUGCACCUGGUGCUCUUGGGCCUGUUGGACCUGCUGGUAACCCUGGUGCUAAUGGAGUCAACGGAGCUAAAGGUGCAGCUGGUCUCCCUGGCGUAUCUGGUGCUCCUGGUUUGCCUGGCGCACGUGGAAUCCCCGGUCCCCCAGGACCUUCUGGUCCAGCUGGAGCUAGAGGACUUUCUGGUGAUCCUGGUGUUGCUGGUGGAAAAGGAGACACUGGUGCCAAGGGUGAACCUGGUUCUGCUGGUCCCUCUGGUCCUGCUGGUCCAUCUGGAGAAGAAGGCAGGAAAGGUCCCAACGGAGAACCUGGAUCAUCUGGGCCUGCUGGCAAUGCUGGAAUUAGAGGUGUUCCUGGAACUCGUGGUCUGCCUGGGCCUGAUGGUAGAGCUGGUGGAAUGGGUGCUCCUGGUAGUCGUGGUUCUACUGGUUCUCCUGGAGCCAGAGGUCCAAAUGGUGAUGCUGGACGCCCUGGAGAGCCUGGUCUUCUUGGUGCAAGAGGGCUUCCUGGUUUAUCUGGCAGCCCUGGACCUGCUGGCAAGGAAGGUCCUGCUGGUCCUCAAGGUCUUGAGGGUCGUUCUGGUCCCGCUGGUCCACCUGGCGCAAGAGGUGAACCUGGUAGCAUUGGAUUCCCUGGCCCCAAGGGUCCAUCUGGUGAACCUGGAAAGAAUGGAGAUAAGGGAAGCCAAGGUCCUUCUGGAAACAGGGGAGCCCCUGGACCCGAUGGUAACAAUGGAGCUCAAGGACCCCCAGGACUUGUUGGCAAUACAGGAGACAAAGGUGAACAAGGUCCUGCUGGUGCCCCAGGCUUCCAGGGUCUUCCAGGACCCGGUGGCCCUGCUGGAGAACUUGGCAAACACGGAGAAAGAGGUGCUCCUGGUGACUUUGGUCCUGCUGGCCCAGCUGGAACAAGAGGUGAACGUGGUACUCCUGGAGAGAGUGGUGCUGCAGGUCCAUUUGGACCUCUUGGACCCCGAGGCCCAACUGGUGCACCUGGAUCUGAUGGAGCCAAGGGAGAACCUGGUGCAGCUGGAUUAAACGGUGCUCUUGGACCAUCCGGCCCUGGCGGAAUCCCAGGAGAGAGAGGUGCAGCUGGUAUUCCUGGACCAAAGGGAGACAAGGGUGAUGCUGGCCAUGCUGGAGAAUAUGGUAACCCAGGAAGAGAUGGUGGUCGUGGUGCUGCUGGUGCUGCUGGUGCUCCCGGUCCUGCUGGUUCUGCUGGUGACAGGGGUGAAUCUGGCCCCGCUGGUCCUUCUGGUCUUGCUGGUCCUCGUGGAGCUCCUGGUGAACGCGGAGAGGCUGGUCCAGCUGGUUCUACUGGUUUUGCUGGUCCAUCUGGUGCAGCUGGUCACAAUGGUGUCAAGGGAGAAAGAGGACCAAAAGGACCAAAGGGUGAAGGUGGUUCUCCUGGUGCUCUUGGUGCAGUUGGCUCUCACGGACCUGCAGGUCCCAAUGGUCCAGCUGGCACUACUGGUCCCCGAGGUGAUGGCGGUUCUCCUGGUGCAAACGGUUUCCCCGGUCCUGCUGGAAGAACUGGUGCUCCUGGCCCUGCUGGUAUUGUUGGUCCUGGUGGCCCUACAGGCCACCCUGGUAAGGAUGGUGCAAGAGGUCCUCGUGGUGACAGUGGACCAGUUGGCCGUCCUGGAGAACAAGGUAUCGGUGGUCCACAAGGUGUGUCUGGCGAGAAGGGUCCAUCUGGUGAAUCUGGUCCUGCUGGUGCUCCUGGAGCUUCUGGUCCUUCUGGUAUGCUUGGUUCUCUUGGUAUCUCUGGUCUUCCAGGAUCUAGAGGUGAACGUGGUUCCCCUGGUGGCCCUGGAUCUAAUGGUGAGCCAGGUCCUGCUGGUCCUGCUGGUGCUGCUGGUGCCCGAGGUCCAUCUGGCCCCGUGGGCUCUGCUGGUCCUAAUGGUGUUCCUGGUGAAGCUGGUCGUGAUGGCAAUCCUGGUAAUGAUGGUCCAUCUGGUCGUGAUGGUCUUCCUGGAAUUAAGGGAGAACGUGGCUAUCCUGGAAACACUGGCCCUGCUGGAUCUCUUGGUGCUGCUGGAGCUCCAGGAGCUGUUGGCCCUGCUGGAAAAUCUGGAAACCGUGGUGAACCUGGUUCAGUUGGUCCUUCUGGAGUUGUUGGCCCCGCUGGUCCCAGAGGCCCAGCUGGAGUACAAGGUGGUCGUGGUGACAAGGGUGAAGCUGGUGAGAAGGGAGCUAGAGGUUUGGAUGGACGCAAAGGACAUAAUGGUUUACAAGGUCUCCCUGGUCCUGCUGGUUCUCCAGGAGAAACAGGUCCUGCUGGUACCAACGGUCCAUCUGGCCCAAGGGGUCCAGCUGGCCCAUCCGGCCCUCCAGGCAAAGAAGGACGUUCCGGACAUAAUGGUCCAAUCGGCCCAGUCGGUCUUCGUGGUCCAGCUGGUCACCAAGGUCCUGCUGGUCCCCCUGGAUCACCUGGUCUUCCUGGUCCUCCUGGCUCAAAUGGUGGUGGAUAUGAUGGUGGCUUUGGUGGUGAAUACUUCAGAGCUGACCAGCCUGCUCGCAGACCAAAGGAUUAUGAAGUUGACGCCACUCUGAAAUCUUUGAACAAUCAAAUUGAGACAAUCCUUACCCCAGAAGGCUCAAAGAAGAACCCUGCCCGCACUUGCCGUGACUUAAGACUCGGUCACCCAGACUGGAGCAGUGGAUUCUACUGGAUUGAUCCUAACCAAGGCUGCACAUCUGAUGCCAUCAGAGUAUUCUGUGAUUUCUCCACUGGUGAGACCUGCAUCCAUGCCAACCCAGAAAACAUUCCACAGAAGAACUGGUACACUACCAAGACCAAGGAUAGGAAGCCUGUAUGGUUUGGUGAAACCAUUAACGGUGGCACACAGUUUGAAUACAACGAUGAAGGAAUCACUUCCAAGGACAUGGCCACUCAGUUUGCUUUCAUGCGUUUGCUGGCUAAUCACGCAUCUCAGAAUAUUACUUACCACUGCAAGAACAGCAUUGCCUAUAUGGAUGGACAGACCGGAAACCUGAAGAAGGCCAUCUUGCUACAAGGAUCCAAUGAUGUUGAGCUACGUGCGGAGGGCAACAGCAGAUUCACUUUCAGCGUCCUUGAAGAUAGUUGCACGCAACACACAGGCGAAUGGGGAAGAACAGUCAUAGAAUACAGAACAAACAAACCAUCUCGCUUACCCAUCCUGGACAUUGCACCCUUGGACAUUGGUGGUGAAGACCAAGAGUUUGGCCUGGACAUUGGCCCAGUCUGUUUCAAAUAAAUGAACUAAAAUUAACUUAAAAAAUAUCCUCUCUUUGCCCAUUCUUUUUUAUUACUGAAAGACUCCUCCCAUUGUUCCAAUCAACCACAUCCAAAAAAAAACUGGGCCAAAGAGAUGGACUGAACUGAGCAUUGUGCAAUGCAAUUAAAUACACUCCAGGGAGGACUCUGAAGUCUUUCACAAAUUUAACAUCAAGUAGUGGAAAAUGUCAGCUUUGUUUUAAGGGAGAAAAAUACAAAAAACCAAAAUAAAAACCGUCAAAGCUUGCACCGUUUUUGGUCUUUGAAUAUCUUCCAUGGAGGAAGUUUAAAACCACAACUUCCACAGGUUUUGACUACCUCAGACAAAAGAGUCUUUGCAUCUCCAUCAAGCAAUAAUGAAAAUACGACGUUUCUAAUAAGCGUCAAUAUAUAAAAGGUGCUAAUAAAGGUGCUCGAAAAUUCCGUGGUGCUAAUAAAGCUUACGACUCACUUUUCCGUA